AUGGCUCCUAACACUCAGACUCUCAUUGAAGCCGCCAAAAGCAGACGCACAUACUAUAACCUCGGCCGCAACUCCAAGGUCCCGGACUCCGAGAUUGUCGAAUUGGUUAACCAGGCCAUCCUACACAUCCCCAGCUCCUUCAACACACAAUCUACCCGUCUCGUUGUUGCGCUGAACGGCGACCAUGAGAAAGUGUGGGAUAUUGCUGUAGAGGCUUUCCAGCCUCUUGUUGCGUCUGGCGCUGUACCACAGGAGGUUUUUGAUAAGCAGACUAAGCCUAAACUUGAUGCUUUCAAGGCUGCUUACGGAACUAUCCUCUUUUACGAAGACCCCGCUCACAUCAAGCCCUAUGCCGAGAAGUUCCCUGCUUUUGGCGACAAGUUCCCUGAAUGGGCUGAGCACUCCAACGCCAUGCACCAGUGGUUCCUCUGGGCCGGUCUCGAGACCCUCGGCUUCGGCGCCAACCUUCAACAUUACAACCCUCUGAUUGAUGCCAGCUUAGCCAAGACUUUCAACGUUCCUAGCGAGUGGAACCUCAAGGCUCAGCUCGUCUUUGGUUCUAUUGAAUCUCCUGCAGGCGAGAAGCAAUUCAAGCCUGUCGAGGAGCGUGUCAAGGUUUUCGGCGCUCAGUGUGCCAAUCUUGCGUAUGAACCGACCGCGACACAUAACCAUGUCGUCAGGGAAGAGCGCCGCAGAUGUUUCUGGAGCAUCUGUCUGCUGCGACGAUUUCACGGAGAAGAUGUGCACGUCCUCGACUUUGCAAGUCCAGAAAAUCUGGCAAAGUAUCCUAAAGGUACUGGAAUUGCCCCCGACAUUACCAAAACUGCCAAUCCUGGGGUCGAAGUACGAAUCGCCAAAGGGAUGAAAGAUGAAGGCAUUGUAGCAUACUAUCUACAACUAAGCGAGACAUUUUCUCGGACAGCAGGAUACGUCAAACGCCGGGGAAAGUCGAAUGGCUUCUUGCCAUGGUCACCGGAAUCGGAGUACUCCAAAAUAAUAGCCCUACAAAUGGACAGCGAAACACGCGUUCCAUAUAUUCAUCGCUUCAAGUUUUCAGGUAUUCCCGACAGAUCAGUAGAUGACUUGCAGUCUAAUCGUGACUACUGGGGCCCUUGGUUUUUCAAUCAAUUCAUGUACCAUACGAUUCUAUGUCUUCUCAACCAUCCGCUUUUGCUAUCUCUGAGUCUUCGCAAUCAUCGAAGCACUAUUCCAGAAAUCUUCAUACAGCACUCUUCAGACAUGAUAUCGACGCAUACCUCAUGGAUUGUUUACUUUGUGAGGUAUUUUGAGGAAAAGGGAUUUCGCAUAUCCGAUCCAUUCUUGGGAUACUGCGCUGCUGUCGUGGCGACUAUCGAGCUACAGCUCAGCUUUACCGAGGAUGAAGGGAUCCGAAAAGACAAACAGGAACGUUUCGAGAGCUGUCUGAACUUUGUGCAAGAUUUAGGAAAGGAAUGGCCACACAUGGCUAAAAUGGCGGAAAAAUUACAAGCUUUGAAUGGAGCUGUGUCGGCGUCCUAUGUUCCUUACACCCGGACACAAGACAAAAGUCUUGUCAUUGAUUUAUCUCGAUUCUGGGAGAUACUUGAUUAUUCUUCCGGCUUUUCCGACGAGAGGAGCAGCUUGUUCGGAUCAACAUUGUUCUCAGAAAGCGGCAACAAGGCGCACGAGGUUUCCAGCACGACGCCUCUGCCGGAACCGACCAGGAUAAGGGUUUCACGACGAACUUCGCAUAUUCCUGGCAGUAGUGCCGCAGUCCCUCAAGAAAUCGAUCAUACCGUUGAUACCGGGAUGCUUCCCACACAAAUGGAUAUCUACGGAGAUCAGUACUCCAUGCUUGCCGAAAAUUUCUUUGCCCAAGGGCAAGACUUUUUGCGCAAUACGGAAGAUUGGUUUACAACGGGAAAUCUAUGA